CUUCCACUCCGCACCGAUCGACCGACCGUGAGUGACCCUUUUACGAUAUUGUAUAUGCACGGUGGUGCCUGGUGUCGCUCGUCAUCGUCGUUGCGCCUUUGCCGUGUGGUCCGCUGUGACCGAGCCAAAUAUCAGACGGGCUGUUUAGUCUAUCGUUUACCUCUCGACUUGACGCGCGACCUCCGGACGACAGUGAGCGAGAUACCAAGGAAGGGCGACUCACCACCAAAAUACAAUAUUCUUCUGAGUGUAAGGCAUUGCUGGUUAUUGAUGUUUGAGCAUUGUGUGACAAGAAGGAAAAUAGUGAGUCUAUUGUUAACUGGGGAUAAGUGUUGAGUUUUGAGAAGAUAAGCAUUCAGAAAAGCAGAAGACUAGUGCCAGGAUCAGAAGGAAUACAGAAAACCGAAGAACGAAGCAGAAAACUAGCAAAACAGAGGUUGUGCAGAGUUGAUGAAAGAAGAUCGAAGAAUCGAAACAGUGAAUAAAAAAAAUACUACAGCUGUCAGAAUCGGUCGUUCGAGACAACAGUUGUCCUAACGCGCUGCAGCCUACGAUCCCGGUGUUUUGAAACGGUGCAAUCCCAAUCGUGUGAGAGGAGAAUACGGCGAAAGAAAAGCACAAAACAAACGUGAAAUAAUAGGAAACACCAAAACCACGGGGAAGGAUAUCCGUAAAUUUGUGUUGAUGAAGCAUUGACAAAGGGAAAAUAUAGUCCUGCGUUGAAAUUGUGUUGUGUGUCGUUCUGCGGGGUCAAAAAUUGAUAGAAUUAGAGGAAGCGAUGGUGAUUAUUAGGGGAUGAUUAAGUGCGUCAGUUGAAGCCUUUGCCAGAGUUACCGAAGCAUCUGAUCCAGCUGUCUUCAGUGUAAAUAGUUGUGCGAAGGAUUAAAAGUGAACCGUACAAAUAGGCUGACGAACCGCGGUCCCAAGGAAUCACCAUCAACGCCAAAGCGGAGAAGAGUAAGAAAACAAAUCAAAAAUUCUCCGUACCAUUAUCAGUGUUGUUUGACAAAUUGAGUGUGAGCCUAAUAAUUAUCGGCGUGAAGCACACGGAACCGACGAUUCGGUCGAAACACGCAAACCGAAAAUCAAACCCCAAGAAGCGAAGAAGAAACAACAGUAGCGAAAACAGGCGCGAAGAGUUCGAAGAAAGGGGUGGGAAAAAGAAAACAAAGUGUCAACUAAUAACAUAUUAGAAGGAAAAGAAAUAAAAAAUAGAUACAACCCAGGUGCACAAAAAAGAUAAGCGGAAAGCCAAGUGUACGGCGUCCGUUCAAGUGAAGCAAAAAAGAGGUAAAUAACAGGAAAAAAUCGCAAUCAACGAAGCGGCAGGCAGAGUCGUGAAAGGUGAGUGUGUGAUGUGCAAAAAUAAUAACAACAGCUCAUGAGCGGUGCUGCAGAAGUGGCUAGUAGCUGAAAUAGAUACACACCCGUCAAAAGGGAAGAAAACCAAGAAGAUCGCUCGAUCUCUCCGGAGCUUUUUUUCCCUACCUGCAAAACACAGUUCCAAAAAUACCAAAGGAAGAAAGUAAGCAUUUCGCCCAAAUCGAAAUUGAAGAAAGUGAUCGCAGAAGAAAAUUAAUCAGCCGAAGAGAGCGGUGCCAGAAAAAAAAAGUGUCCCAUCCCAUGUGCGCGAUCUAGUUAGCCGCGGCGGGAGCGACCGCUGUUCCAGCUGUUGACAACAUCAACAAGACGCUGAUCAGAGUGCGUGCGUGCAGUGUGUGACGGUGGUGCUGCAGCAGAGCACCAGAUCAGACAGAUUAGAAGAAGAGCGCGGGAAAAGUCACUCGACUAGGGGUCAAGAGACUGACUGACUGGCUGAAGAGGAAAAACUGUCAUCUUCUGGGAUUAGCACAAUUCGACGAACAUCGCUGUGCGCGGUCGUUUGAAUGGAUUAUCAUCGAAGCAGGCACUGACUUUUUGAACAGCUAUGUUCCGGAAAUGAGUGCCCAGGGGGGCUCCCUCUAGGGGCUCCAUCAUUGGGUGGUCGCUAGCCAAGGCGGAUCGUCCUUCCUUCUGAACUGCGACAGGGACAACCGUCAUCAAUCCAUUAGUUGAAACAGAUCGGCUUAAAAACAUCAAUGUGUCAAACAGAGGAAUAGUUACGAAGUUCAAAAGUAUUACGGUCAUCCACUGAGAGUCAGCUUCUAUUCUGGGGAAACGGAAGGUUGAGCAGGUUUCUUCUGAGCGCGAUAUGGUCGCAGCAGCCGGAGGACAACAAGGCGGGAUGGAUGUUGGAUACAAUCCUCAGCAGAUGAACAACAUGGCGAUGCAUUCGCAGGCGUCAUGGAAUCAAAUGAACGGAAUGAACCAGAUGGGUGGCAUGAAUCAGAUGGGUGGCGGUGGUGGUGGAGGCAUGAACCAGAUGAGUGCCGGAAUGAACCCCAUGAGUCAGAUGGGAGGUGGUGGUGGUGUUAGUUCUGGAGGGGUGGGAGGAGGAGUUGGAGGUGGUGGCGGCAACAUGGGUGGUAUGAGUGGAAUGCAGAUGAACCAAAUGGGAUCGAUGAACGGCAUGGGAAGCUACGGUAGGCAUCAUCAGCAGAUGAACCCGAUGGCACAAAUGAUGAACAUGGGCAUGGGGAUGGGUGGCCAGAUGGGCCCCGGAUCGGGCAUGAACGGCAUGAGUCAGAUGAACAGCAUGAAUCCCCUCAAUCAAAUGAACCAGAUGUCACCGAUGUCUAAAAUGCAAGGAAUGGCCAACGGAUACCCUGCCCACCCGAGGAGGAUGGCUCCUUACCCAAAUCCACAAAUGCAGAUGGCCGCGAAACGGUCUAUGUACGGCAUGGGUCAGCAAGGAAUGCCCGGAGCUGGUUCUCAAUUUCCACCUCAUCAACCUACAGGAGUUCCUCUACCAAUGCAAGCCAACACCGGCUACGGAAGGCAUGGCCCUAUGCCAAUGAACUAUCGGGGUCCUCAGAUGAUGCAACAGCGUCAGAAUACUCCUCCUUAUAGCGCGGGCAGCGCACACAGUCAACAGUAUUACAAUACGGGCUACCAAAACAUGCAAGGCUACCAGCCUGACGUUCGAAUGAACUACCAGCAUAGUCCUGUGCCCGGCAAUCCUACGCCUCCACUCACACCCGCCUCUUCCAUGACACCGUACAUUAGUCCAAACCCGGACAUUAAGCCAAACCUACCACACAAAGAUGAAGAACUCCGACUAACGUUCCCGGUGCGGGACGGAAUCCUACUACCACCGUUCCGCUUGGAACAUAACCUCGCAGUUAGCAAUCACGUAUUCCAGCUGAAAUCAACCGUGUACAACACGCUCAUGUGCCGGCCGGAUCUCGAACUACAGUUGAAAUGUUUCCACCACGAGGACCGGCAGAUGAACACCAACUGGCCGGCCAGUGUUCAAGUGUCGGCGAACUCGACGCCGCUGGAGAUCGACCGGGGUGACAACAAGAACACCCAUCGGCCACUUUACCUGAAGCAAGUCUGCCAACCUGGUCGGAAUACAAUCCAGAUCACGGUUAGCACCUGCUGUUGUUCCCAUCUCUUCGUUCUGCAGCUGGUACACCGGCCGUCGGUUAACCACGUGCUUCACACACUGCUGAAGCGCAAUCUCCUAUCGGCCGAGCAGGCGGUGGCCAAAAUCAAGCGGAACUUCUCCGUAGGGCACACAACGAAUCCCAACCAUCCGCUCGGUGCAAACGGACUCGGACCCGACAAGGACUCCCUUGAACCCGCGACCUCCUCAAAAGUCUCCCUCAAGUGUACCAUAACGACGAAACGAAUAGCACUUCCAGCGCGUGGCCGUGACUGUAAGCACAUCCAGUGUUUCGACCUAGAAGCGUACCUAGCGCUCAACUGCGAACGUGGCAACUGGCGAUGUCCUGUGUGCAAUAAACCCGCACUUACCGAGAGUCUCGAGAUCGAUCAGUACAUGUGGGCCAUCCUCAACACCCUGAACUCUUCCAACACCCCCAACGGAAUGGACACGGAAGAGGUAGUCAUCGAUUCGCAGGCGAAUUGGAGGGCGAUAAAACCAGCGGGAGUGGGAGGCGGCAGCGGCAGUGGCAACAACGGAGGUGGUCCAAAUACAGUCCCACCCGGCGGUUCGACACCGGGAGCCGAAGGACGGGGCAGUUCUACGCCUGGACUGCUCGGAAUCAAACCGGAUCCGGACGGCGACGGCAAACAGUUCAGUAAGGUUAUGUCGCCCGGAUCCACCUCGCUACCCACGUGGGACAACAUGAACGCCAUGAGUCCAUACAUGAGCCCCGACAUGAGCUCCAUUGCGAGUGGCAGCAUGAUGGGAUCAAAUUACAAUCAGCGAACGCAGUUCGACAACUUUGGCAAUCCAAUCAAACAGGAACCGAACGCAAAUGUGCAGGGCGGUACCAACAGUAACGGGCCUGGCACGCCAGGCGACUUCGGUACCAACCCUCUCGCACAUCUGAGCGAUUCCGUUAACUCGCUAGAUCCUCUCAAUGCGAUGGAGAAGUCGUUGAACGAUCAGAUGCCUCACACCCCUCACACCCCGCACACCCCCGGUGGAGGCAACUCGCACCCAAUGACACCCGGUGGACCGCCGAGCGUUCCCCCAGCCAACGAAAACAACUCCAGUCAAUCCGGCAACGGGCAAAACAGUAGCAGUAGUAGUGGCGGCAACAACGGUGGCAGCAGUUCCAACAACCCCGGCGGAAACAACUCCGGAAUUUCCCCGAACAGCGGUAACCAAAACAACGGCGGUGGCCAUAGUAACAACCCCGUGGCGAACAGCCUAAUGCACUCGCCUCAGCACCAACAGCAGCAGCAGGCCAUGGGAAUGGGCAACAACCCGGCGGCGAACAUUAUGAACUCACCGCAGAGCCUAAUGAACUCGCCCCAAAACAUGAUGAACUCACCGCAAAAUAUGAUGAAUUCGCCGCAGAGUAUGAUGAACUCAUCGGCGGCGAACAACCUGCAGCAGAAUCUGAUGAACACGAUGAACUCGAUGAUGCAGAGCCAGCAGUGCAACAACAGCCAAGCUGGUGGCCUGGUCGGACUGACGGACGUGGAUCUGCCGGCAGAUCUCAACUUUGAUCCGGCGGCCGUCAUCGAGGGCGAAGGUGGCAACGAUUUGAAUCUUCUUCCGGACAACGUGGUGGACCCGAUGGAACUGCUUUCCUACCUGGACCCACCGCCGGAUCUCAACACACCGCCCUCCAGCGGAUCUAGCAACAAUGCCAACAGUGACGAUAUUCUGGCAGCACUGUUCGACUAGGGCUACCGCCGCCCAAAGGCGUUGCCAGCAGUCCGGCGACUCUGAUGAUAAAACACAACUGCAAGCUGAAAUGUGAUGGGUUUUUGUUAUAGUUUUGUUCUUUCGACUUACCGCGGCGCACGCGGUCUUUGGCCGAUUUGUAGGCGAGAAUGGCAACUGUUUCAACCCUACUGCUUGACGAAAGGGAUUACUAUUUAAGCAAAAUGUAUGAAAUGUGAUUUCGAACGUGGCGCUAACCUAAGUUAAAGAAAGAAAGAAAAAAAGUUUACACAGACACGCAAAGCCAGAAAUGAUUGAUUGUAAGUAAAGGAAUAAGUGGACCUGGAAAGUGAUAUAGUCAAAAACGGUUUUUGGACCUCCCUUCCUCAUACGUGUAGCAGCACCCCCUAACCCCACCCCUGACCAGCUUCACCUCUUUUUCGAGACGGAAAAGUAUCGCAUGCUUAUGACACAUAAGUUUUUAAAUUGAAUAUUUAUUUUCCAUGAAAUAGUGUUUAGUCUUUUUGUAAAAAGGAAAUUAUUUAUUUUGUACAAAAUCGAAAUGCGAAAAACGUGACCGAUAAUGGAAGAUAUGUUUUUAGAAUAUUAUUUCACCUAAGUUUUCCGGGGGCAAUGGAUCGACUCUGUUUUAUAGAGAUAAAAAUGAUCUUAAAUAAAAUGAUUUAACGGCGGAAACAUAAGAGAAUUAUUUAAGAGAAAUGUUAAACUUAAAAAUAUUAAAUUUUAAUCAAAAAUGUACAAAAGAAUUAAGGAACUAUUAUAUAUAAAUUUAAUAUAUUAAAGCAAAACAUUACUAACUAAAUUUAAACUAAGUCACCAACAGACAAACGCACAUAUACAUACACACACAUACUUACAAAAACGUAUGCAUUGAAAGAAAACCAGCUGACAUUUAAUUGAUAAUAAAGAAAAUGUUACUACUACUCACACAGACACAAAACACAUAGCAGAACACACCACACUCACACAAACAAGACAAAAAAAAACAAUGGAAAUGGUUAUAAUUUUCGCUCUCUUGAAUGUUUGUAGCGUAAUAAAAAUUAAUCGAUCUGUAUUUCGAACAAAACCUAAUACAAUCUGGACGAAUAUUGACGUAAAAUUGAGAUAAACAUCAGCAACUAAAAGUAAACAAAGAAUCACAAACAAAGACCUAUUAAUUGACUAAAAAGAAAGUAAUAGAAAAUAAACGGCUUCAACGUAGUGACCUUUGAUUUUAUUGUAAAGUUAAAAACAAAAAAACAAAACAAACAACAUGAAGAAAACGUAUAAGCAAAGAAUCGAUCAAUCAAGAUGGCGCCAACGCGAGGCCAGUAUUUUUAUACCUUUCAUCGAAGCAACCCAUGAUCAGCAUACAUAGCGAAUUUGUUCCUUUUUUCCAUUCGAGCCCCAUCAUGAUCACAUCGAAUUCGGUUUUCUUUCUUCUUUCGCAUCGAAGAUACCAACAACGAUCGUCAAUCUUCGUGUUCGUUUCAAAAUGGCUACCAUCAUGUCACCCAUGGAGAAAGUAAAAUAUUUUCAAACCUUGAAACGGGGAGCAUUCAAUUGGUUCCUCUCUCGCAGCAAGAAAGUUCCAAGCCUCUUAAGCAGAUAAUAACUUAUUUUCUCGUUAAUUUAAUUUAGCUUGAAGUACUAAACAAAACAAUCCUGCACAGCCACAAUCAAACCAAUCAUUUUCCAUCAAUCCCCUGUAUUUCACGAUCACUCAACAAACGGAACCCAACUUUUUUUAGAACGUUAUAGUCAUUUAAAGUUAAGUCUUAAAAUUGCGGGGAAACAGCUAAAGUCAACCAAUUGAACAGAUAUAUUUUACAAUAAACUACCGAUUAGAGAAUACACAAAAAAAAACAUUACAAGACAUUUGAUGCUAAAGGUUUGGAAUACUCCGGUGGGAUCACUUGAGAAUCAAAAUUCAAACAAAAUUAAUUAAUAACAACAUGAUCUAGCGAAAUGAUUGAAAACAGAGAACGAGCGCAGUCACUAUUUUACUCACGAGCAAAUUUUAAACCUCCUCGUUCACAAUUUUAACCAACAAAAAAAAACACACACAAGAACAGAUCGAAGCAACCACGUUCCGCCACUUUAGAAAUGUUACCUUGGAAACAACAAUCGGUUAUCGUAUUACCACACCUUCUUCACCACUCGCAGGUUCUCUUAUUUGAACACUCUUACAGAAAAAAAAACGCCCCCAUAGGAAAACACAAGAAAGAUCACUAAAAUCAGCAAAGGUUCUAUAACAAA